AUGUCUCCCAGCACCAAAGACUACUGCGUGCGCACGGUGACGGCGUUCGUGUCGCUCGCAGGGUGCUGCCCUGAGGAGCGCGCUACGCGCAUCACCGACGCCUCGCUCUUCCUCUCCGCGGCCCGCUCCGCGUACGAGCACGCCGGCAUCGCCGUCCAGACCACCCGCAUCGCGUUCGACUCCUUCGAGGCGUGGGCCGGCGCCAACCCCGUCGCUGCCGUAGCCAGCGUGUGCCAACAGUGCCGCGCGCUGAACGUUCCGCUGAUCAACAUCGGCUCCGCGAGCAGCGAGACGGCGUGGCGGAAUGUCGUGCCGCUCCUCGAGGCCACGGACUUCCCGGACGGGCCCAUGGUGGCCAUGUCGAUGGCGGUCCCGUUUCCGUGCCCGCCUGGCAAACUAGCCCACGCGGUGCGCGCGAUCACGUCCGCGAGCGCGAAGAGCGACGGGAAGUGGAACUUCAGGCUCGGAACUGCGCACCACUGCGGCGCGGGGAUCCCGUACUUCCCCGUGGCGUGCGCGAGCGCCGAGACGGAUGGCACGUUCGCAGUGGGGCUCGAAAACGACGCGCUGGUGCACAACGCGUUCUCCGCGCCCGAGACGAAGGACCUGGUGUCGGCGGAGAAGCGGCUCCGCGACGAAAUGGGGCCCGUCGCGCACACCGUGCAGGAAAUUGCCCUGCAGCUAGAACGGCAGCACAACUACAAGUUCGGCGGCGUGGACACGAGCAUCGCGCCGGGGCUCGACACGCCCAGCCUCGCGCACUCCUUCGACGCCCUCGGCCUCGGCAAGUUCGGCUCCCCAGGGACGCUCGCGGCGUGUGCCAUGAUGACUUCGGUGCUCAAGACGAUGAAGGGCGUGCAGAACUGCGGGUACUCGGGGCUCAUGCUGCCCGUGUGCGAGGACAAGGGGCUCGCGGAGUCCGCCGACGCCGGCGCGUGCACUGUGUCGAAGCUGGUGAUGUAUAGCGCCGUCUGCGGGAUCGGGCUCGACACUGUGCCGAUCCCGGGGCCCAAGUUGGAGGGCGCGGAGGGCCACGAGUGCGGGUUCGACCCCGCGCUGCCGGAGAACAAGCUCCUGGAGACGCAGAUCGCGGGCGUGCUGUCGGACCUGUCGGCGAUGGCGCACCGUUUGGACAAGCCGCUGUCGUGCCGCUUCCUCCCGCUGCCGGGGCGCGCCCCGGGGGACCGCUACGACCCGCAGUCGCAGUACAUGUGCCCGGCGAACGUGAUGGACCCGGCGGCGUGA